AUGGGGCGAUGUUUAUGUGUCUGCAGCACGCAUGUAAGCAUCAUCAUCAUAAAGGGCAACGCGACAGACACCGCCGUCCUCUGCUUCUCCGAGGCACUCUCCAUCCCGUCCCUAGACAUCGACACUGCUUCCCUCCUGUCUUCCCACGACAAACUCUUCGAGAUCCCCUUCAACUCCAAGGACAGGUGGAUGCCCACAGUCGUCCGCGCGCAUUCCACUGUGGCGGGCUCACCCGCGGAGAACUAG